AUGAGUAGCAAGCUUUGGGGGUUCUUUCUCUACGAUGACGUUGAAAGCUUUCAGCGAUUCCUGGCAACUGCCACUGGUACAACGGGAAAUGGAAGCAGCUUGAAGGCCGGGAGCCCUGGGUUAGGACUGGCAUCUUCUCCUGGGAUCUCGACUAGAAGCAAGAAGCUGAGUGGAACAUCUCCUGGGGGUUCGAGUUUGGAACGUGGUCCCAAUUCGCGUCCGGGAAAGACGUUGUCUAAGGAGGAGCUGAAUGUGCGAGACAAAUACGGUCGGACACUUCUACACCAUGUGGCGUCUUCAACGAAGCCCACGGCGAUCGACUUCGCUGUUGCUCUACUCCAAGUUCCUUUCUUGGACAUCUACGCGCAAGACUGGGAGAGCGGUUGGACGGCUUUGCAUCGAGCACUAUAUGCGGGAAACGCCACAAUCGCACAGGCUCUGAUGACACGGGAUAUGCGCGACGCCACGGACUUCAGCAAAGCAGGUAACUCCGGACUCCCAGUCGGAAGUUUGAUUCGGAUCAAGGACCGAGAAGGGUACAGCCCGUUUGAUGUGUACGCCGCUACAAUAGCGUCUCGAGACAUCAAGCAGAGCUUCGAUUCAGCUGUAGAGGCGGAACACACCGAUAAUGUCUCUGAACCGUCGUUGGGCGACGAAGAUCCUGAUCACGACAGCCGUUUUGGCAGGAGUGUUUUGAAGCCACGAACAAAUUUAUUUGGUGAUGAGGUCUAUACCUUCGGCAGCAAUAAGAACCUCAACCUUGGAGUAGGGGAUCAGGAUGACCGCCAGUUUCCAGAGAGGACGAUCCUCAAGAGGCCAGGCCAUCUCUUGGAGCGACUUUUCCGUGAAUUUCAAGAACAGCGUCUGGAGGCUAGUAAGGCUGACGUUCAACAAGAGUCGAUCGAUGCGAAUUCGAACGAUCUGCCAGCAAUCGUGAAGAGCAAGCCCAUCAAGAUUCAGGACGUUGUCAUGUCUAAGCUUCAUACCGCUAUUCUUACCACCGAUCCUGAAUCAAACCUCUUCUUGUGUGGCUUUGGCCCCGGUGGGCGUUUGGGCACCGGGGAUGAAACAACACGAUUCACUUUCGUCUGCAUCGAGGGCGGAGGCCUUGCGAAUAAGAAGAUUGUCUCCGUUGCCCUAGGACAAGACCACACGCUUGCAAUCACCGAGAACGGCGAGAUUUUCAGCUGGGGAAGUAACAAGUAUGGUCAAUUAGGGUACAGCUUGCCAAGGUCAAACAAUCAGGAUGAUGUGCCUCUCCAGAAACAGCCUCGACAAAUCUUUAAUCCUUUUAAGAAAGAGGGCAUAAUCGGAGCGGCCGCAUCGGGAAUCCACUCCGUUGUAUUCAGCAAUUCCGGUCUUUAUACUUUCGGUAAAAAUGAAGGACAACUCGGCCUGAUCGACUCCGAUGCUCGAUCGCUUGAGAUGCAGACCACCCCUCGACGCGUGGGAGCAUCUUUGUUCAGCGCACCCAUACAGAGCGUGUCUGCCAUCGAUCAGGCAACAUCUGUUCUCCUGCAGAACCAUGAGGUUUGGGUGUUUUCCCAGUAUGGUUACUCGAAACUCUUAUUUCCGCUAGAUGUCAGCUCGAGGUUUAUCAAGGAUAGUUUCAUGGCCACUAGAUAUGGUUCCUCCGUCAACCAAGUUGUUAAAGUCAAGUCUGCCGGGAAUACCAUCUGCGCCCUAUCGAGUUUUGGAGAAGUGUAUACGGUGCAGGUUAACAAGACAGAGGUCCCCUCGACGUCAACAUCGACCACAAAUCCAUUCAAACCUCGGAACUCGAUGUCAGAACCAUCAAGGAUUUGGUCUGUGAAAAAAGCCCAUAUGGCUGCGAAGGAUUUUGAUGUCGGACAGGAUGGGUCGGUCAUUAUCUGUACCGUAUCUGGCUCUGCCUGGAGCAAAGAGAAGCGCAGGAAGUCAAAGGGGCCAGCCAAGGACUACAAGUUUGCUCGGAUACCUGGACUCUCUCGAGUUGUGGGUGUAUGCAGCAAUGCUUAUGGGGCCUUUGCAGCUGUACAGCGCGAUUGUGAAGUGACUCAAGAACAAAUUACCGUCUCGCAGCCUUCAUUAUGGGCGGACUAUCUUCCAUUAUCUCCAUUUGGCUCAUUCGGUAACACGAUGAGCUCGGAGGAUAUGGUAACAGAUGAUCACCGGGACUCAAACCCAAACCUUGCUAUCAAGAGGGCAGUAUUGGGAUCGUCAGAUCUCGAGCCUUACUUCGAGCCAUCGCGGUUCCAAAUAUUCCCUGGGGUUGUCUGGAUUAGGACCACAUCAUCGGACAUACGGCUUCCUGUACACGAAUUCAUCUUGACAGGGCGGAGUUCAGUUCUCAGAGAAGUCAUUCACACUUUCAGAGAUACAGGUCGCGCUUCUCCAUCCGACAUCUUUACUAUUGAAAAGGACGGAGAAGGACAUAUGGAACUGACAUUUCAGUCCUGUGAUAUCCUCACCAUCUUGAAUGUGGCAUUCUUCAUGUACACGGAUGAAAUACUAGAUGUUUGGCAUCAGGCUAGACAGUCUUCGGAGAAGGCCUCCCGAUACCGCCAGGUUCGCACUGAAGUGAUGCGUCUCGCCACUCAUCUGAACCUCCCAACUCUAGAACGAGCUGCGAGGCUCAUGAUUGAACCCACAAAGGCCCUUCGGCACGAUAUGGAGCUUGCGAUUCAUGAUCCUGCUUUCUUCGAUAGUGGAGAUGUUAUAAUUGACUUGAAAGGCGGAGAGGUGAAGGCUCAUAGCCAUGUCCUGUGCCAGAGAUGCCCCUUUUUCAACGCAUUGUUCUUCGGUCGCUCAGGUGGUAGAUGGCUUUUGUCGCGUCGUGUCCAAGCAGAUGCAACCAUUCAUAUUGACCUCAAGCACAUUGACCAACAUGUGUUUGACUUUGUACUUCGGUACCUAUAUGCCGACACUGAAGAGGAGCUUUUCGACAAUGUCAGAUCAAAAGAUCUGGACGAGUUUAUCGACUUGAUCAUUGAUGUUGCAUUUGUUGCAAAUGAGUUGAUGAUCGACAGACUGGCCCAAAUCUGCCAGCAAAUGCUCGGGAAGUUUGUGCACACACGCAAUGUUUGUCACUUGCUGAACGCGGUUGCGCCAUGCUCGGUGAAGGAAUUCAAAGAUGCGGCUCUGGAAUAUAUCUGCUUGAAUCUCGAGGAUCUGCUAGCAAACAGGUUAUUGGCAGAUCUCGACGAAUCUCUACUCGAUGCCCUUGAUACUGUCUGCCGCGACAACCAGAUGACUUACCUACCUGUGUCAAGAGGGCGAAACUCGGAAGAAUACAUCUUCGAGAAGUACCCAGAGCUUGCAUCUGCUAUAGAAAGUGACAAGAGGCGGAAAAUCGACUUCAUGAGGCUACGACCGCACCUGAAUCGCAUUGACAGCUCCGAAGGAAAGCCUCGUGCAACAACAAAUGAGAAGCCGUCCUUGACCCCUUCGGUUUCUAAAGUCAAACCCAGCCCAGCCAGAGAAGGGCCUUUAUCUGCUUCUCGUAGUCCGCUGUUGAAGUCCAGACAGUCGACUACUGAUCUGAUGUUCCAGAUGGACGACGAGUUUUCAUUGUCCCCGGCCGAUAUCGGGAAAGGCAAGGCAGCCGUUCGUGACGCCAAGCAGAUUGCUACAGCCGAGACGCCGCUAUCCAUCGACUCGCCAGCUCUUCGAGCUAGCCCAUAUGAUGGAGGCUCUCUUGGAGAUCCAAGCUUUCUUGAUGCUCAGAUGGCUUCCCCAUUAGAUCCAACUCUUUCGGAAUCACCAUCCGAGUCCCGCGCCGCAGCACGCCAGAGGAAACAAGAGCAGUUCUCUUCGCCUCCAAUCUCGAGCACCCAAAUUCCAUGGAGCUCAUCCGCGAUAUCUACAUCGAAGAAGAACCUGAAGGAUAUCAUGAGUGAGACUUCGGGCAACCGUGUGUCGAAUAUCAGCCUGGGCAUGUCUGCUCGUCGAGAAAGCACGAGUAGUCUUGCGCCGAAGAUGUCACAGAAGGAGCGCAAGAAGAUCCAGCAGCAGCAGAUGCAAGAUAUGCUCGCGGCUCAGCAGAAGGCAAAGGAAGCGCCGCAAAACCCAUGGAAGAUGCCGACACCCAGUAAACCUGCACCUCCAGCUAGUGGGCAAGACAGUCCAGAUGCAGAGUCCGCCAAACCGUCUCCCAAGCCAUCCAUGACCCUUCGACAAACUGUCGCUGGAACACCACCGGCAAGCCGGACGAAACCUAGUUCUGUCCCGAUGCAAACUCCAGGCCGCAGUGGACCCGUCAAUGUCCAAAAUCCUCCUCGACCUCAAGCUUCGACAUCCGUCACAUCAACCCCCGCAUCGUCCAAUCCCGUAGCCAACGCUCAACCUGCUAUUCAAUCCAUCCGCCACAUCCCACGGCCCGAACCAUACCAAACGAGCUUCCACUCACCGUCUUCUACCUCCCUCUCACUGGCUACCAUCCUCCUGCAGCAACAGACAGAAAAGGAUGAGAUCCGUGAAGCAGCGACUGCAAAACACAACCUUGAAGACAUUCAACUCGAACAAGAGUUCCAAGCGUGGUGGGAUAAAGAGAGUAGACGCGUGCAAGGCCUCCCAGACCCUGACACGACCCCCUCGGCCGACAAAGAAGAGAAGGCAAACAAGUCGCGGUCAAACCGGGGCCGAGGCAAAGGCAAAGCGCAGGGGCAAGGCCAACAGCCACUGCCGCCGCCGCCGCAGCAGCAGCAGCAACAACAGCAGCUUCCGCAGAGGAAGAAGCGCGCGAAAGGCGGCGCUGGCCUAUCCGACGCAUCUACCUCAUCACAGCAACCCACUCCGCGGAACGAAUUCACAACCCCCGCACAGAAAGCUCCUCACCCGACGCCCCGUCGUGACAACCAACCUCGGACAGUUCCGAACGGAAACCACGUCGAUGCAGCAGCAGGAUCUAAUGGCGGCGGAAGCUCACGACGUGGAGGAGGUGGUGGAGGCAGAGGUGGUUUCCGUGGACGAGGCAAGCCUCGCGAGAAGACGGCAGCAUGA